AUGAUGAAGGAGCUCGCUCUACAACAAUUUCUCGUCCCUCCAACAAGGGAACCCACGAAAUAUCACUCUCAGAAUCCUCUUAUAUUCAACUCUUAUUGCCAUUGCCACACUCUUUUCAGACCACCAAGAACAUCCCACCUCCAGCUUCGAGCCACUUUGAAUAGAACUAGUGCAGUUUCCUCAAGAACUAGGAGAAACAAGAAUCCAUCUGACUAUAAUAGUAAACGAGUAAAAAUUCAAAGUGAAGUUCAAAAAAUGCAAGAAGAAGAAGAAGAAGAAGAAGAAGGAACUAGAUUUUACAUGGGCUUGGAUGAGGAUUUUGAGGAGGAGGAGGAUACGUCAUCAUCGUCAUUGCUGUCUCUGAGCGAUAAACCGGAGAGGAACAUGUCAUUGCUCGACGAUUAUGAAAUGGAGGAGCUUGAUUUCGUGCCAAUUGACCCGAAUCACCGCAGUGGAUAUGUGGCAGUGCUGGGCAAGCCAAAUGUUGGAAAAAGUACGCUUUCGAACCAAAUGAUUGGACAGAAGCUUUCUAUUGUUACGGAUAAACCUCAGACUACUAGGCAUCGUAUUCUUGGUAUAUGCUCUGACGCAGACUAUCAGAUGAUACUAUAUGAUACACCUGGUGUUAUUGAGAAGAAAAUGCACAAAUUGGACACCAUGAUGAUGAAGAAUGUCCGCAGUGCUUCCAUUAAUGCAGAUUGUGUACUCAUUGUUGUCGAUGCAUGUAAGCCACCUCAAAAGAUUGAUGAAGUGCUGGAAGAAGGUGUUGGAGACCUCAGAGAUAAGUUACCUACCUUGCUGGUUUUAAACAAGAAGGACCUGAUCAAACCCGGUGAAAUUGCAAAGAAACUUGAGUGGUAUGAGAAAUUUACGAAUGUUGAUGAGGUCAUACCUGUGAGUGCCAAGUAUGGUCAUGGCGUAGAUGAUGUCAAGGAGUGGAUUCUAUCAAAACUUCCUUGUGGACCAGCUUAUUAUUCUAAGGAUAUUGCUAGUGAGCACCCUGAAAGAUUUUUUGUGGCUGAGAUUGUUAGAGAGAAGAUCUUUAUGCAGUACCGUGAUGAAGUCCCCUAUGCUUGUCAGGUUAAUGUAGUUAGCUAUAAAACUAGACCAAAUGCAAAAGAUUUCAUUCAAGUUGAGAUUGUUGUAGAGAAGAAUUCACAGAAGAUCAUACUCAUCGGAAAGGAAGGAAAAGCUUUGAAGCUACUUGCAACAGCUGCACGGCUUGACAUAGAAGAUUUCUUGCAAAAGAAAGUUUUUCUCGAGGUUGAAGUGAAGGUAAAAGAAAACUGGAGGCAAAAUGAAGGGCUUCUGAAGCACUAUGGCUAUGGGGGCCAAAUUCAAGCUUUAUGA